AUGGCGACGAUUGCGACUGAUCCUGAGCGAUGGCGACUUGACGUCGACGGGGGUGUCCACCGUUGGCAAUACAUUGAUGAGCCCUCAUCCAAGCAGCAUCCACAAUCCGCGGCGGAGAAACACUUUCUGGGGUUACCCACAGGAUUGCCGCAACUUCCCACUGCUAGUGACUUUCGACAAUCUGCUCGCAAUGGAUUCCAAUUCUACAAAAGUCUCCAGCUGGAUGAUGGCCAUUGGGGCUGCGCAUAUGGUGGCCCGAGCUUCUUACUUGCGGGCAUGGUGAUCGCGAUGUAUAUCACUGAAACCGAGAUUCCAUUGGAAUGGAAAACCGAGAUUAUUCACUACUUGAGUGAGACUGUCAAUGGAGAUGGUGGCUGGGGGUUACAUUCUGCUGGUGAUUCGACAGUUUUUGCAACCACUCUUUACUAUAUCACACUCCGGAUAUUAGGUCUUGAGUCGACGCAUCCUUUGGCUACUAAGUCUCGCGCCCGUUUACAUGCCCUAGGAGGGGCAAUUGGAAACCCCCAAUGGGGAAAGGUCUGGCUAGCAUUAUUGAAUCUUUACAGUUGGAGUGGAGUGAAUCCAAUCCCUCCUGAAUUCUGGUUACUUCCUGACUGGGUUCCAUUCCAUCCAUGGCGUUGGUGGGUUCAAUGCCGUGUCGUUUAUCUACCUGUUUCGUAUCUUUAUGCAAACAAGGUUGUAAAACCUCUGGACUCUCUUUUGAUUAAUCUUCGCCAAGAAAUAUACACAUGUCCAUACGAGGAGAUCAAAUUCGAGCAGUGUGGGAAUACUGUGGCAUCUAUUGACCUGAAGAAGCCAUUAUCUCUGCUACUUCGUAUGGGCAAUAUUCUGCUACGUUGCUGGGAACAAUACCUUCGGCCAAAUUGGAUUUCUCGAUGGGCGGAUGAGCGGGUUUGUGCGUUAAUCACACGUGAGGAUGAAAAUACGUCUUACAACUGUCUGGCUCCGGUUAAUAAGGCUUUGCAUAUGAUUGCCGUUUGUCAUUCUGAUGGUCCUGACAGUUCACGUAUGAAAUGGCACCGUGAGAAGAUUUCUCCAUAUAUGUGGAUGGGAGAUAAGGGAAUGACAUGUAGUGGCACUAAUGGUGUUCAAGCUUGGGACACGGCGUUUACUAUUCAAGCUAUAGUCGAAGCUGGACUCUCUGGGGACCCGGAGUUCCGUACGUCAUUGGAGAAUGCCCUGAAAUACUUGGAUAUCACUCAAUUAACGGAGGAUUUGGAUGAUCCUUAUCGUCAGCCUCGAAAGGGUGGCUGGCCAUUUAGCACCAAAGAUAAUGGCUAUAUUGUAUCCGACUGCGCCGCAGAGGGUCUCAAGGCUGUUCUAUUGCUUCAAGAGCAAUGUCACUUUACCAAACUCAUAUCCGACAGCCGUCUACAAGACUGCGUUGAUACCCUACUGCUUAUGCAAAACGCAGGUGGUGGAUUCAGUAGCUAUGAGCGCACCCGGGCAAGCACUUUACUUGAAUACUUGAAUGCUUCAGAGAUAUUCGAUCGUAUUAUGGUCGAAUACUCAUACCCUGAAUGUACGACAGCUGUGGUAACAGCCCUGUCACUCUUUCGCCGCCACUUUCCUACUUACCGGUCCAUCGAAAUCGAGAGGGCGAUAAACCGCGCGAUCAAGUAUAUUCUCAAUAUUCAACGGCCUGAUGGAAGCUGGUAUGGGUCGUGGGGAGUAUGCUUCACCUAUGCUUCGCUCUUUGCAAUGCAGAGUCUAGAAAUUACUGGACAAACGUGGCAGACCAGCGAGGCUGUUCGAAGAUGCUGCAAUUUUUUGACUUCCAAGCAGAAGGCCGAUGGAGGCUGGGGCGAGCAUUACACUUCUUGUGAGGUGGAAGAGUAUGUUCAGCACGAGGAAAGCCAGGUGGUCAAUACUUCUUGGGCGUGUUUGGCGCUGAUGCAUGCACGUUACCCCUAUAAAGAGGCCAUUGAGAAUGGACUCAAGUUGAUUAUGAGUCGGCAACAGGCCAAUGGAGAAUGGCUUCAGGAGGACGUAGAAGGAGUUUUUAAUAACACCUGGUAA